AUGGUUGACAUAGAUGACAAAAAGGCUUGGAAAUUUGAUGGGGGAUUGGAUCUGGACGUGUUUGAUCUAGUAGGCGUCCUAAAGUUGCCUACAUAUGUGAAAGUACUUGAUAGAGCAUUGAUGGCAGAGGCCAUUUUGGCAGCAAAGAAACAAGCUCUAGCUCCAACAACUGAAUGGAAGGGUAAAAGAUCCAGAUUUAAUUUCAAGAGGGGUUGGUCAUUUCCAAAAAGGCAGAAUACAGGAUCCUCUAGUAACUCUAGUCAGAAUAGUCUCUCUAUUCCAAACUGUUCCGAUUGCGGAAUGAAGCAUAAAGGUGCAUGUUACUGUGCAUCAGGUGCGUGUUUUCGGUGUGGCAAUAUUGGCCGCAUGGUUAGGGGUUGUCUGAUGAGAUCUAAUGAUGUUAACCGUCCUAUGGCAAGUUCAGCCGGGUCUGCUUUCGUAGCAAGGUUAAAUGCAAGAACUAAUGCCAGGGGUAACACUGGAAAUAAAACGUUAAGGCAAGGGAGAGUGUUCGCUCUAGUGCCCGGAGAUGUGCAGAACAUCGAGUCUGUGGUGUCAGGUAUAAUUUCUAUUUGUGCCCACGAUGCACAUGUCUUAAUGGAUUCUAGUUCCACACACUCAUUUGUGUCACAUGCUUUUUCUCGAAAAUUAACUAGACCCUUAGAAUCCAUGAAUUAUUUAUUGUCUAUAUCUACGCCAUCUGGGGGUUCUAUGGUAUGUGCAUAUUUGUAUCCAUCAUGUGAUAUUGUGAUUGGUGAUGUGACGUUGUAUGUUGAUUUAUUGCCUUUAGGAAUUGAUCAUUUUGAAUGCAUAUUGGGUAUGGACUGGUUAACAAAGUAUUGUGCAACUAUUGACUGUGUGAAUAAGUCUGUUAUAUUUCAUCCACAUAGUUUACCUGAGUUUAUGUUUAUUGGGAAUGGGGUGGGUCUUCCCCCAUACUUGAUUUCUGCCAUGAAAGUUGUUAAAUUGCUUAGGAAGGGAUAUAGAGGGUAUAGGUGUUGUGUUUUGACUAUGGCUUCUGAUAAUCCCACUAUAGAGAACAUCCCUAUAGUAAAUGAAUUUCUUGAUGUAUUUCCAACUGAAUUGCCUAGAGAAUUAUUUGAUAGGGAAAUUGAGUUUACAAUUGAUGUUGUACACGAAACACAACCGAUUUUCAAAACCCCAUACAGAAUGUCAACUUCUGAACUAAAAGAGUUGAAAAUUUAG